AUGCUUUCUCUUCGUACAUUCGCACGUUCUGUGCCUCGCACACUCUCGCGGUCCAUCGCUACCACCUCCCGGUCGUCCUUCCUGUCGGUUCCCAAGAAUGGCUUUCUGCAAGUUUCGUUGAAGCAGGCUACAAGACCCUCCUACGCUGCUUUCUCUACCUCUAGUGUUUUCAGACAAUCUCCUGCUGAAGGUGAUAUCGAGCUUGCUGCUAAGCUUGAGGAUGAAUUGAAGCAUGAGAAGGCCUCCGGUCUUGAGGACCUCGAGACCUCGGUCCAGAACAUCCAGUAUGUUCUUCAGAACAACUCCUGGGAGGUCAAAGAUGUUCCUGGUGAACAGGAAGUUGUGUUGACCAAGAAGUUCGGCAAGGAGGAGAUCCGACUCACCUUCACCGUCGCCGACCUUCAGAACCUGAGCGAACAGGAGGAUUUCGACGACAGCGCUUUCGCCGAUGAGAUGGACUUCCAGGGCCACCAGCCCGCUAACCAGGGUCGCGGUGGCCCCGGUGGUGUUGCUCAGCACCCCGAGGAUCGCAUUGCUCCCGCUGACCGCGAAAUGGAGGAUCUAGACCGUGAUAUGGAGCCCAGCUUCCCCGCUCGUGUCAACAUCACCAUCGAGAAGCCCGGCAACGGUUCUCUCCUGAUCCAGACCGUUGCCCAGGAUGGUUUGUUCCAGAUCGAGGAGGUGUCUUACUUCUCCAAGCCCGAUCUCGCCCACGCCCAAACCGCCGAGCAAGACUGGGCCAGACAGAGCCUCUAUGCUGGUCCUCCUUUCGAGAACCUUGACGAGGACCUGCAGACCUUCCUCGAGCGCUACCUCGAAGAGAGAGGCAUCAACGCCGAGCUCGCCAACAUGAUUCCCGACUACAUUCAGGUUAAGGAGCAGAAGGAAUACGUUCGCUGGCUCGAGAACGUCAAGAACUUUGUCUCCGCUUAA